AUGAUGCACAACCACCGUGACAGGCCGUUCAAUUGGCAAGUAGCCUUUUCCCACAUGUGUCAAGAGACUGAUGCCGAAAUCCAUGUUCUUACCAAGUUCCGACAGAAAACCAAGUUUGUCAGAUCCGAAUUGAUCACACCAUCCUCCAGGGAUGACCAUGUCAAACGUCGACGUCUGGGAAAACAAAGCGAGGACCACCACCUUGAAGAUUAUCAGAACCUCAUGACCGAAAUCAAUCAGAUCAUUCCCAGGGUUGGUAAGAGUGUUAUACAAGAACCCAAUAUCUUGGAGAAACUUCAGCAAAUGUUUCAUGACCAAAAGAUCAUUCAUGUGAUUGCCUGUCGAGGAACCGACCGAACCCUAGGUCCACCAAAGGGGAUGCAUCCAGAGGAAGCACCUCUCCGGAAAAGUUUUAUCCUUGAAAGGGGAACAGGAACAAUCAAGUAUGAAAAGGACUGGGAAAAAUGGGUUCACCUUGCCAACCGCCAGUUGAUUCGACCAGCACAUGCCUGUCGAAUCAAUGUCACGAUGUUCGCAAAGCCCUGGCCUGUUGAAAAUGACUCGAGCCAAAGUUCCCAAGGUGUGAAUCCUAUGCCUCCAAUGCCUGAGCCAGCAGGUGAGCAGCCAGCACCGAGUCAGACGGAAUCAGGUCAUGCAGAUCCCGUGACAGCAACGCCGCUCACCAGUGAUAAUUCCGAGAGAGAGCUAGAAGAGCCUAUCAUGCAGCCGACAACUGUGAUGCCCUGCGACGAGCGAUGCUUCGCCGGCCAUGCCCACAGAGAGGGGUCUUCCAAAAGGGAAACAGCCUCUGGAAGAGAAGAACCUGAUGAAGUUCCAGAUAGAAUGGUCUCUCAUGAAUCCAUAUCACAACCCGAGUCAGAGCAGGAGAACAGCAAUGAACUCCCAGAAUCCGAUGCAACAUCAGACACCAUGUACCUGAUCAGUGAAGACCCUGCCGAUAGCCUGGUAGUCUCAGCCGACUGUCCAUUAGCGUGGCGUUGCGAAGUCGAUGUCAAGCUAGAUAGACCACUAGAACAACGGCAACCGACCAAUGAAGAAGCAUGGACGUUUCUGGCGACCAGUGCCAAGAAACAAAGGGGAGUGAUCGGUAGCCUCCAGUAUGCCGCAGUCAACACCCGUCCGGACAUUGCCAGUAAACUUUCCUUUUUGCAAUCUUCCAUUAAUAGUGCCAAACGUGUGGUGACUAGCACCCUGUCCGCCGAAACCACCGCGAUGGCAGCAGCUCUUGACCAAUUAGCAUGGCUUAGAUUGUUCUGGGCAUGGCUGAUGGACCCCAAUGUGCAGUGGCGACGACCCGAAGAAGCGUUGUCCAAGCUUGAACCAGCCAUCUCAGCACCAACAAUUCAGGAACAAUGUGAUCUAGCCAUCACUGAUUGCAAGUCAUUGUUUGAUUUAAUCAACCGAACAGCGCCUCCUUCUUGUUCAGAAUUCCGGGUGUCCUUAGUAGCUCGAGCAAUCAAGGAGGCCAUCAAAGAAGGUAUUCAAGGGCGAGGCCGCCCGACCUGGCAUUUGCAGCUGCAUCCGUUUCGAAGUGUGUUCUGCUUCGCCGACAGGGUGUUCGGCUACGCCGGCACCUGGAAUUCUCAGUUUUGGCGACAAAAGAAGUAG